UCAAAGUUUUUUUAUGUAAUUAUUAGAUUUAGUUCGUUUAAUUAAAUUUCUUCGGAUAAUUCAUAUUCGAACUGCAAGUCACUCGAAAAAUGGAAGAUGACGAAUGUAAAAAAUGAUAUUCUUGUUAUUUAGAACAAUGUACUGCCUAUUUUAGGACCGGACUAGAUUUUUCGAGCAUCAUGCUCACGAAACAUGACUGUGAACUUGUGAUCCAGUUAUUUUAAAAGUAUAUAAAAUACAAAUAAAUUGAGAAAAUCAUGAAACUUGUCGAAAUGUCAUGGUAUCAUAUGUAGAGACUCUGAUAAAAAAUCGACGGUAUUUUCUGAAAGUUGUCACGCACUAUGUGUAAAAACCUAACUGAUCUCCAUAGAAGAUUUUGCUUUCAAUAACUACAUUAAGUCACGAUUAGAUCUACAAAGGGAUACAUCGGGCCUCGAACCGUUCCAGGCUUAAAGGGCUUCAAGUCCUGUAAGGAUAAAGGACUCAAUGCGACUAAAUGUGAUCCAACAUAAGAAUUAGACUAGACCCAUCGAGGCGGUAUGGCCCUAGGAGUGGUCGAGUGGGCCCUAUAUCAAAAAACCUGUAGACUAGUCCAUAUCAUCAUAUUAACGAAGAAGUCAUAAGUACAAUAUAUUAAAUGUGUGAUGUAUGAUAUUACAAACUUGGCAAGAAUGUUAUUGAAAUUGUUAGAUUAAUGUAAUUAGGCAUGUAAUUGUGGCUGUGAUUGCUCCUGUGAUUGCGGCUGUGCGGUUGGCUUGCAUGCCGCCCUUAGCUGCUAUAUCUAUUUACGUCUAUACACAAUCAAAAGAUAUCAAUUAUUCCUACUCUCAUGGUAUCACACAGGAGUUACGAUCCGCUUCCGCACAAUACUAACCUGCGCGCCUCCAGGUCCUUCUCGCCACCCUAGCCGCUGACCUGUCCGCCCGGAGUGUUGCUGAGCUGAUCGCCGUGCCUGCCCCUUCUAGUUCCGAUCGACACGCUGCCACCGAUCGUAUUUCAGAUCGCUCGAUUCGCCGACCCUUCAGCCGGGCGCGUCCAUGGGUCCGACUCCCUGCGCACAUCAUGGCAGAUGACGCCGCCACCACUGCCACAGCCGCUGCGGCCAAGGCCGCCGAGGAAUGUCGCCUCACCGCCGAGGCUGCCCGCAUCGAGCAGGCGUGCCUCGACAAGUUCAAAGCCGCCCACGAGGCCAUCUGGGCUCAGGCCACCGCCGUCGUCAACGUGAAGGCCCUCAUCCCCGUCAUCCUCGACAAGGUCGCGAACACCUACACCAAGUGGCGUGGGCUGUUCCUCACAGUCCUCGGCAAGUAUGCGCUGACCCACCAUAUCCUCAUGGAUGAGGUGUUCCUGGAGCGCCCUGCAUGGCUCUAGGCGGACUGCGUUCGUGCUGACAUGGAUCUACAGCACCGUAUCCAGCGACUUGCAGCAGACGCUCAUGAUCUGCCAGCGCCCCGCGUGUGAGGCAUGGAGUUAUCUUGAGGACGAGUUCCUUGGACAACAGGAAUCUCGUGCCCUCCUCCUUGAGUCACAAUUCUGCAACCUUCGCCAAGACUCCCUAUCGAUCACCGAUUUUUGUCGUCGUCUUGAGACAAUGGCAGCGUCUCUCGCCGAAUUCGGCGAUCCAAUCGGUGAUCGCCAGAUGGUCCUUACCCUGCUCCGUGGCCUGAGCUGGAAAUUCUAGCACACGGUGUCGAUCCUCAAAAUGCAUCGCCCAUUCCCGUCGUUCGCCGAGGCACGUACCCAUCUCCUGCUAGAAGAGAUGGAGAUCGACGCCCGACCUCCGUCGCCGCCCACGGCUCUCGUCACGACGCCAUAAUAGCCAGCCGCGUUCGGCCUGCCUGUGCCCUCCUCCACGCCACGCCAGGGGAACCAGAAGGCUCCACAGCGUCCCCUGGCAGUCGGCAGCGCUCCAACGAUCGUCGCCGCAGCCGUGGUGGCCAUGGCGGGCAGUGGCGGAGGACGGAAAAAAAUUUAGGUAUGGCUUGGCGGACGGACCUGCUCGGCGGACGGCGGAAGCUCGGCGCGUCGCGCUCGCGGACGAACCUGUUCGGCGGACGGCGAAGCCGGAAAGCACAGCAGCUCGGCGGACUGAGGGACAGUGACAGGCGGACAGCGGCUCGGCCGGCGAACGGAGGCACAGCACAGCCACAGGGGCAACGGCUCGGCGGACGGGGAGGGACAGCGGCUCGGUGCCUCGGCGGACGGCGGAAGGCACAGCGGCGGCCUGGCGGCUGACUGGGUGUGUUCGUGAGCCAGGGUUAGCGGCUUAGCGGUAGGGCACCAAAUGGGUGUGUUCGUGAGGCCUCGGCACGAAUGGAAGCUGGGCCGGCGGACGUACCUGUUUAUUUUAUUUUAGGUAUGGCUUGGGCCAUAAUAAGCCAUAAUGGGCCCUCCGCCCCUGAUGGCGGGCACCCACCUUCUGGCAGGGCUGCACCAUCCUAUGCCCAAGGCCACGCCCACCCGUCCUUCGGCCAACCCUGGACUGGGUCCUUGCAGCUGUGGCCAUAUGGCCACCCAUCACCGCCCCAGCAGGCCUUCACGGUCCACUAGUACACAG